AUGAAGUAUCACUUCUGCUACUCCGGGCUUCUAUUCCACCAACUUCUCGCCCAAUUGUCUACACUGCUGCUGAUCUUCAUCAUCUCAACAAUAAUCAACGUCUCCCUGCUGCUGCUGCCUCAGCUGCCAGCAAGGCUGGGACCCUCCGCCAUCGCCGCUACAUCCACCGUAGCUCUGGACUAUCUUUUAACCGACAUUUCCCUGAUGGCUCACCCAUCCCUUCUUUCUGGACUACCUCUCGCCCCCCCCGUCACCCCCACCUCCCCCACUCCGUCCAACUACAGCUACAUCGCCAAACCCUGCCUCUCUGGGCAAGGAGGUGGUAUUGCUGUCAUCCAUAAGCAGUCCCUACCCAUCACUGAAUUGGACCUCAACCUCCCAUCUAUUUCAUCCUUUGAAUAUCUUGCUUUUUCCCUCCCCAACUCUACUACUGCUGUUCUUAUCUACCGCCCCCCAAACUCACAUCCGUCUUUUCUUUCUGAACUCUCUGAACUCCUCACCAUCGUAUCCUCAGUCUCCUAUCGCCUCCUACUCAUCGGUGACUUCAACAUCCACAUCGACCAGCCAACUGCUCCACUGACGUCUGACUUCAUCUCCCUUCUGGACUGCUUUCAUCUCACCCAGCACAUCAACUUCCCCACCCACACCAAAGGCCACACCCUGGAUAUAGUAUGCUCCUCCUUUCCACUCACAUCCAACCCCCGUCCUCUCACCUUUCCACUGUCAGAUCAUCUCUGCAUCCUCUUCUCCGCCCCUCUACCCUCGCCUCAUAAUUCCACAAAACGCACCAUCUCCUACCGCAACAUCAAGACUGUAAACCCAAUCACGCUUUGCCAGCUCUUAUCCUCUGCCCUUCCCUCCGAACCCACUUCUUCCUCCCCUGAUGACCUUGCCACCAUGCUCAACAACAUCCUUUCUGACUCCCUUGAUUCCCUAACCCCCUGGAAAACUUCCUCUGUUACAUUCACUAACUCUGCCCCUUGGUACACCCCGGAACUCCGCUCCAUGAAACAAACUGGCCGUCAACUCGAACGCCUCUACAAAAGAACCCGCCUCACCGUCCAUGCUGAAACCUUCAAACAACACAUCUCCUCCUAUUGUGAUGCUCUUCUUGCUGCCAAAUCUGCUUACUUCUCAUCUCUCAUUAAUAACACCAACCGGAACCCCGCAUACUGUUCUCCACCGUCAACAAAUUGCUCCAGCCACCGGCCACCAAGCCACCCUCCUCACCCACCCUCUGUAACUCCUUCCUUGUCAACUUUAACAACAAAAUCGCCCAAAUGUCCCGUCCUCAAAAAGCCCACCUUUUUGCCCCUCCUUCCUGACCUCUCGCCCUUCCCCUCUCUCACUGCCUUCUCCCUUGUCGACUCCUCCACCAUCCUAGACAUCAUUACCGCAUCCAAGACAACCACCUGCUCUCUCGACCCCCUUCCAACGACCUUAACUAAGGCCUGCCUCCCUUGUCCCGUCCUCAAAAAGCCCACCUUGGACCCACUCAACCUCUCCAACUACCGUCCCAUCUCCAACCUUUCAUUCCUUUCAGAAACCCUUGAACGCAUUGUCUCCGCCCAACUCCACACCCAUCUCUAGUCCAACAACCUCUAUGAACCCUUCCAGUCCGGAUUCCGCCCACUUCACAGCACCGAAACAGCUCUUGUUAAAGUCACCAACGAUCUCCUCAUUUCUGCAGACUCUGGUGCCCUGAACAUCCUACUACUACUUGACCUUAGCGCAGCCUUUGACACUGUGAAUCAUUCCAUCCUCCUCCAAAGGCUGCGCCAACUAGGUGUUGAGGGCACUGCACUCGACUGGCUCACCUCCUAUCUCGCCAACAGAAACCAGUUCAUCUCUCUCUCCAGUCACACAUCCAUCCUCUCCCCAGUUACACAAGGGGUGCCCCAAGGCUCAGUUCUUGGCCCCCUCCUAUUCAUCUGUUACCUCUUUCCCCUUGGUAAUGUCAUCCGCAAACUCAAUCUGGACUUCCACUGCUACGCUGAUGACACCCAGAUCUAUAUACGUACCACACCAACCCGUAACCCUUCCCUCACCCACUUUGAAACCUGCAUCUCUACAAUAAAAACAUGGCUGACCCACAACUUUCUCAAACUCAACAGUGACAAAACAGAGCUCCUCCUCAUAGGCACUAAAUCCUCCCUUAAUAAAACUGGAUCCAUCACACUCACCAUCGACUCCUCAAACAUCACUCCCUCCCCUCUGGCACGCAACCUUGGCGUUAUUUUUGACCCCACACUGUCCUUCCACCCUCAUGUUAGCUCAGUUGUUAAGACCUCCUACUUCCACCUCCGACGCAUCGCCAAAAUCCGGCACUGCCUCUCUCUCCCUGCCGCUGAAUCCCUCAUCCACGCCUUCAUCUCAUCCCGGCUUGACUACUGCAACUCCCUUCUCACUGGAAUCACUGCUCACUCACUCCAUCGACUUCAACUAGUCCAAAACUCUGCUGCCCGCCUCCUUACCCACACCCGGUCCCGUGAACACAUCACUCCUGUUCUCCACUCUCUUCAGUGGCUCUCCAUUAAGGAGCGUAUCAUCUUCAAGAUACUCCUCCUCACCUUCAAAGCCCUUCACCACCUGGCUCCCAUUUACCUAUCCGACCUCCUUGUCCCCUACUGCCCCAACCGUCCCCUCCGAUCCUCCAAUACUUCACGUCUGACAGUCCCAAAAUCUAAACUCAAAUCCUUCGGUGACAGAGCCUUCUCCUGCACAUCACCCCGACUCUGGAACUCUCUCCCUCAGUCUGUCUGUGACUCACCCACACUCCCCAUAUUUAAGUCCCGUCUAAAAACUUACCUCUUCUCUCAAGCCUAUGACCUCCCCUACCCAUAA